AUGACCGGAUUCAAGCUCCUCAAGCGGGUUUUCGUUGACAUGACGGACGACGAUGACCAGGGGGUCACACUGCAUUGUGAUGGGCCUGGUGAGGAAAGUGACAGCGAUGAUGAUGUGAACCUGGAUGAGGUGCUCGGCUCACCUUCUAAUGACGGCGCUCCUGCUGCCGCGGCGGAACCUACGCCUGCUACUAUGACCGCCGUAGCACCUACCGCCGUAAUUGAUCCCACCGCCCCAACCGUUGCCGCGCCUAUCACAGCAAGUGCCGGUACUGCUGCCGUAGCAACGACUGCCGUUUCCACACCUGCUGGACCCGCGAGUACGGAACCUACGCCUGCCAUUACCAACCCUGUGGCCGCCUCGGCUCCAACCGUUGCUCUCGCAGUGGACGAGGCUACCGCAAAUGCUAACGAUUCCGCCGUUACCGCCUCAGCCGCUGAUAACGCUACACGUGGAACGACUACCGGCCGAGUGAUUGCCUCACCGUUGGAGUUUGCCAUCCCAGUUAACCACCGCAGCACUCGGUCCAUGCAGUUCUACCCCAAGUGGGCAGAGUUGCACGAGGUCAUCUACAUGAAGUACGAGGCCGCGGGCAUUUCAUCUGACGUUUUCUACUACGUCAUUAGCAACUACCCGAACAAAGAGGCGCUGGCGAUGCGGAAGGUGUCGGAGAGGCGUUCGAAUGUCAACGCAGACACCAAGCUCUAUGGCAGAGGUCCUGGUGGGUGCGUUCCGGAGAGCAAGUGGGAAAUUCUCGCGGAGGAGAAUGUGGUGCCGUCCAUCUCGCGUACCCCUGCGGAGUGGUGCCAUUUCUAUGAACAUCCUGUGUAUGGGCCUGGGGCUAACUGGCAUUUCUGUGCGAUAAGCAACCGCCCGUUUGCCAACCUGUCUUUCCAGCUGACUCUCCUUCUUGGGCUUGCCAGCAAGCGUGCAACCAUGCUGCACGUGAAGAUCCCGACUGUUGGCUAUGUGUGCAACGUGGUGGAGUGGCCCCUGGUGAACGCAAGGGGGCACCAAAACCCGUCUCUUGACACUGCAGAGGCAGUGAACCGCCAGAAUGUGGCGCACAAGAUCGACCAGGUGGUUGCCUGGAUUGCGGCAACGUACAAUGCCGGUGAUGUGGCUAUUUGGGACUCCAGGCCCCCUGCUGGCUUCAACAUGGGCCCCAGGAUCAAGAUCCUGGUUGAGGGCUAUGAAAGGGAGAUUUUCCCUAAUGGAACCCCACCUUAG